UUCUCUCAUUUCUCGUUAUUAUAAACAGGUAAACAGGAACGCAAUUUCAAGAAUAACAAGUUUACAUUCGAGUUACUUACAGUGCGGACACUUGUUUAGUGUACUAAUUAGUACGACAAGCUUUCAAGAUUUACACGAAUUCUGUGAGAAAUUAAGAUAAAACACGCCGACUGAUACUUCCCAAAAUGAUUGCUAUGAUUCAUAAAAACACACAAGUUAAACGCGAUUAAAUCCAUUCAUGGCUAUUGAACCGACGCUGAGUUCAAAAGGGAGUUAACUGAGGUAGAAGCUAGUUAGCACAUUUUUGACCCUGUAUGGGACAGGACAGUGCGUUUGGGACUGGUAGCUGAUUCAGCAAAACAUAACAUGGAUUAAAUUGAUCUUUUAUACUACAAAAAGAGGUUAUUGUGGAAGAACGAGACACAGGUCUGUGUUGAUCUGAGCAGCAAUACAUAUACGUCCAUGACAAAGCAUUUCAAAAAUAAAAAUUUGUAUGAACAGCACGGGAAUUGGCUUGUUUGAACACGGUUUUUCUCCCGUUAAUACAUGUGCGGAUCCAGUGGAAAAAGUAGUUUUUAUGCAAAAAUGUAUAGAAAAUCUGUGAAAUUUUAGCUCGUAGAAUUGAUUUUACUUGUUCUUACUGUCCUUACAGUCAUUUCAUUUACGGUUAUUCACUUCACUAAAUUGUUUAAAGCUUAUCGAAACCGGAAACAAAUGAAGCGUGUGUGGAUGUUAUUAAAUAUUUGGCCAAUUCUAAUAGGCUGUCUUAUUGUUUGAUUAGUUUCAAGUAAUCAUUUCGAAACAUCAUCUAGCUACGGUGGGGUUGUAUUUAGUUCAAGGAGAUAAAAAUCCCGCAGAUGCCGAUGUGAAAUUAUUUCUUUUCAUGAAAUGACUGAAGACAGAAGUCAGGGGUACUACUAAUUUUGUUUCUUUUAAUAUGUGAUACUUAAUGUGUAACGUAUAUGAUCGGAUAUUCACAAUUAUUGGCAUCUUAAGUUUAUCAUGGCUGUAUACAAAACAUAUUGAAAUUGAGAUUUUAUUUGUUAGUUAAGUAUUUGUUUGUCUUGUUUCCAUUGACAGACUCUUAUCCUGUGCAUAUAAACCCGCUCCUCAGCUUCUUGAAUUUUUGUUGUAAACACAAACAUUCAAUUAUUUACUUAAUAUUCCAAAAUCACUGACUUGUAUUUGAUAUAGUUGACAAAGUGGUUUAGAUAAGUUUCAUUUGUUUAUCUCGUUUAUGCUUUGAACUUGUUAACUUUAUAUUUUAGAACUGGAAAAAAGAUAUAUGACGGAAAAGCAGUAAAUAGUGUGUCACUUGCAUUUGAAACGUGAUUAAAGAGCUUAGAAGUUCCGUUCGGAUUAUAAGAAGACAAUAAAACAAAAGGAAAUGGAGGGUGAAGAAGAUAUUGAAACGGAUGGAGUUAACAGCAAGGACAUAGACAAGAGUCAAACACAUGAUCAAAUACAAAGAAAAGAACAAGAAAGUAACCAGAAGUUACAAGCAGGAUUUGGUUUUCACAUCAGCAACCAGUCAGUUUAGAAUCUAUGGUGUAAACGACAAAGGUGCUUGUGCUGAAAGUGCUAUAGAGACCACUGAGCAGAAGAAGACAGACCAAAAUGGUAUGAGAAAAGGGGAAAAUAUUCUCACAUGUAAUAGAAUAGAGAACAAAGUGUUCGCAUUUUCCUGUAAAAACUUCAGCAGUAACACUGAUGAUGCAAAAGACCUUGCUGUUCAGACGUCUGAAAUCGAAAUUGACACAAUAAUUCUAAAUAAUGUUCAAGAAAAAGUACUGUCGACACCUCCGACGACUGUCUCAGAGGAUUUUGUUGACAUGAGCCCGAACAAACUGCCAACUGAACCAACAACAACAUGGUUUUGUAUGAUACCUAUUGGAAGAAAGAAACCGGAAAAGAAGUCUCAUAUUCUUAUCCCACAUAACAGAGCGGAUAAGCCCGAGGGGGAUGACUUUGGGGCAUAUUUAUGCACCUUCAAAGACAAGUUGAAAGAUGGAUCAGUAUAUUACAGACAUUUUCUUGUAGAUAUUGAUGAUGCUGGACCUGCUGAUCAAAUGAAAAUCGACAACAAUGACGAGAUGGUACUUUUGAACGAGAAUUUCGUGCCAGAAUUGACACAUAAUGAAGUUCUAGCACUUUUUCGAGAUGUCAAGGUCGACGGAAUUAGCAGAUUUACACUGGUUUUACGGAGAGUUCGUGCCAAAAAAUGGGAAUGGAUAGAAACUAGCGCUAUUCUUGCACCAGACAAACACACUGAUGACCACCCAGUUGUUGAACGUGUUGAAUUCAAAGAGUUAAGAGGCGAAAGAAUUGAAGUACCAAAAAGCAAACAUCUGUACAAGGUUCCCGGGACACAGCAGUAUUUAGAUAUAUGUGAUGGAAAAGUGUCCAUCGAUACAUUGAAACACGACGACAGCGAUAGAACAAAGAUAAUUACGAAGAGAGCAAAGUACUGGCAGGACGAUGGUGACCAAAUACAUAUAAACUUUGCAGCGGCUCUAUGUGAUGAAGAAAUGAAAUGGUACAUUGGCAUUGAUCGAGACAAGGUCGUUUUAAAACGCGAGCCAGUUUGGUUCAAGAUGAUAAAGGUCGGAAGUAAAAUUCGUUUUCAGUUCAACAAAAGGUAUCUCGGGUACGACUUGGAGAAUGAUGAAGUGAAACCAGAAGUCUCCCAAUGUGUUUUUGCAGAACUUCCUGCUUCAGCUAUGAACAUUGAAGAUCCACCUAGUCAUUCAGAAGACUAUAUUCCCGAAAAUACUGAGAGAAUGUCAGAAGCGCCAUCGGAGAAGUCUCACCAUAGUAGUAUUGCGUCAUCAUUAAGUAGCAUUCAUUUAGACAACAGAAGCGUUGCAUCAUCACAGACAAGUGUAGAUUCAGACAAUAGCAGCAUUCUAUCAUCUCAAGUCAGUACUGAUUCAGGAGGGGCUUUUGCUGAAUUUCAUCGAAGUUUCAGUGGAACCGAUAGUUGUGGUGAACAAUCUUCAUUGUCUCAAGCAUCUACAACAAGCGACUACAGGUCAGACAAUUAUACUGAGGAAGAUAUGACAGUGUGCAAACCAACAGAUAUGUUGCUGAGUGAACCCGAAAAAAGCAAAAAAGAUUUGAUGACGGCGCCAUCGCCACAAGUUAAUACAUGAUGUUUGAAAGUGUGUUGAAUAUAAAAAUUGUUGUACCAUUGAAUAAAUUAUUGAUACUUAAUUGAUUUUUAACCUGUUAUACAACAGUUGUUAUCGAGCAUUUUAAUUAAAAAGUAUUUAUCAUCGUAGUGACAUAAAAGACCACCUAGCUGGCUUAAGGAAGGUCAAUGGUCUGAAAUGAUGCCCGGAUAUCCUGGUAUUCCUCCAGAAUCAAAACUUGGAAGGCCAUUUAUAUAUGAUGAAACUAUAUCGACAACAAAACAAACAAAAAUACACAUAAGAAAGCCCAAUAAACAAAAAACAAAACAAAAAGAAAAACAACAAAAAUAAAAGAAAAAAUAAAUCUGGUCCAUGUUAUGUUAAAGCAGAAUUCCAACAUAAUUACCUUUUUGUUAGUGUAGUUUUAUGCAUGAGCAAAGAAAUAAACGGUUUUGAGCAUUUAUUUUACAUUCUGUAAUUGACAUAUAAAUGUUACAAACGGACGUCACAUCAGUACGACCGUAAAUCAUUGUUUGGAUACUUGAUGAAAAAUACGUUCAUUUGUCCUCUUAAACGAGAACUUGAUUCUUUCAUUUUGUUGUCUAAAAGUUGUAAAUAAAAUGCCAAAUAUCUUGCCAAAGUUUGAUUGCUUUUGUGUUUUAUAUCAAACUAUGUAACAAGAACCUUUAAAAUGGCAUUAUGUGCAUUUACUGCCCAAAGUGUGUUUUUGGUGAAUGUUUUAUAAAAGCAAUUUUCAGUUGCUGUGCAUUUAAAUGUGUAUAUUAACGAUAGUGCCGCACAAGUACAUGUAUUUGAAGUUGAUGCUUUUGAAAUAAAAAAAAAAUGGACUAAUUAAAUAAUACUUCUUUUCCUAAAUCUUCGACACAGUAAUCUCCAUUACCUGUAGGUUGAGAUUUCUGAAGCUGAAGGGAAGCAACUUUUAUUUAUAUGAAAACCAUAUGAAUAUAACGGAUAUUGCGAAAACUCGGCUAUAAGGAACACAUGUCUAUAAACAUGAUAUUUUACUCGUUUAUAACGAACUUACGUAAAUUAUUUCAAUUUCAUUUUUUUUUUUUUGAAUAAUGCUGUCUUGGUGUAUAGUGAAAAACAUACUGUAUUGAGUAAAAGUUAACAUUUGUUCAAAGCAUUCAUUUAUUUCAAUACUCAUAACAUGCAAAAUAACUAUUGAACAUGAUAGAAAUAUUUCUUUUUCAUAUUGUUUUGUAGUAAUAUUAAGAAAUAUAGUCUAUAACUAAAGUAAACAAAAGUUAUAAAUUAUUUUACGUUGUUUUUGCCUAGUUGUAAAUGUAGGUUCUUUGUUUCACGUCAAAGGCAAAACCAACCGAAAGAAAGGCUGGUGUACCAAUACCAUUUAGUGGUAAUAUGGUUGUUACAGUAAUAAAUAGUGUCGUCUCGUCAAACUCAUUUUAUAUAGCUAGUAGCAUUUACAUAUUUUACAAUCUUCAUUGAUCAAGUUGUAGAGUUUGAUCAGAAUUUAUAUGUUUCAAGAAGAUGUCUAUAUAUACACUUAUUUGCCCUCUUUGCGAAAUUCAUUGAAUGGAGGAUACAUGUAUAUCUUAUUUCAAUGUAAAAUCUGAAUAACUCCUCGAGUGAACACAAUAUGUAAUAUUUUCACGAUUGGCGUAAUCAUAAGGGAAAAUGUUAAAUCGGGUGACAGGAUAUAUUUUCAUAUAACAAGUAAGACAAACAAUCAUCUUUCUUUUCACUUUGAAAUUGUCAGAUAUAUUUUACUGUUGUAUUGAAAUAAAUCAUUUAGAAUAAAAUUAAAACUGCAA